AUGAGUUCACGGGCAUUAUGCGGUGGUGGCGCUCUGGCCUCCCGCACUUGUCCGAGUUUAAGUCCGAGGGCGAAUUUAGUAGGUAUCGAAUUUGGAAUAUCAUCGGCGAGGUCGGGUUUGUUGGUGGCAAGGUCUAUGCAUUUUUUGAGUGCCACAUCAUCAGAAAAAGGAAAUGGGGCUUUAAGUGCGGUUAGGUAUUGGCCUGGGGAUCGUGUAAGAAGGCGAACGGACUUGCGGUCCAAGUUGGAUGACUCGGCAAUUACGAUAUGGCCGGGGUUUUGGUCUAGGAGAUGUCUCUCGCAGACUACGAGGCCCUUGAAAGAGGACAGUAGGAGUAAGAGUAAGGAUCAAGCCCCUCAAGCCGCAUCGUCGUCAUCAUCACUACCAGCCGCGAAUACUCCUCUCAAAGGCAUCCGCAAAGUGAUACCAAAGGUGUUACCGGCAUCUCUCACAUCGCUAACGCCGCAUGAAAACAUCUAUACGGUGCCAAACCUACUCACCUUUUCGAGGUUGGUAGCUGCGCCCUUCAUUGGGUAUGCGAUCUUGCAUGAUGCGCACGGCUGGGCGCUGGGCUUGUUCGCGUAUGCGGGUGCCUCGGACUUACUCGAUGGUUGGAUUGCGCGCCGCUGGAAACUACAGACCGUAGUAGGAAGUGUAGUUGAUCCUAUGGCGGAUAAGACGCUCAUGACGGUGUUGACGGUGUGUUUGGCUGUGAAAGGGGCUUUGCCUGUGUGGCUAGCUGCUAUAAUCCUUGGGCGUGAUGUCGGCCUAGGUAUUGCCGCCAUAUACUACCGAUGGAUCUCUCUACCACCACCUAAGACCUUCGCACGAUACUGGGAUUUCUCUUUACCAUCGGCGGAGGUGCGGCCUACAACUAUUAGCAAGUAUAAUACAUUCUUGCAAUUAGGUCUUAUGGGGGCGACCAUGGUCACGCCUGUGGUAACUGCGGAUGUUGGUUUAGCUAUGUCGACAUUCCAGUAUUUAGUUGCUACCACAACUGCUUGGAGCGGUCUAAGCUACGUCUUCAGCAAAGAUGCAGUCAGGAUAUUGUCCGAAAACAAAGACAAGCCUAAAUAG